AUGGAUAUAAACGAGCUCGGGUUAUGUAGAUUACAUGAAGAAGGUGAAGGUCAUGUGACACAAGGAAUUGAUAGCCAACAAGUUGAAGAUAUGCAUGAAUUGACAACCGAAGAUGAUCAAGAAAUGGCAAUGAGUCCACAAUCUCAAGAUGAGCAGGGAGGAUCUGCAGUAAUUACAAGGGUUGAUUGUUCCAAUCAUUUGAGGGGAGUCCGAAGCAACAAUAUUGGGAAAGAAUGCAUGGCUAUUGUUCAAAUUUUCAAGGAAAAAAAACUCAAUGACGAUUUUUUCUUCUUUGAUGUGGAGCUUGAUGAGUUUGGUCAAACUAGAUGUGUCUUUUGGGCAGAUGGAAGAUCUAGAAUGGCAUAUUCAGAAUUUGGAGAUGUUGUCGUUUUUGACACUACUUAUAAAACCAAUAGAUUUGGUUUCCCUUUUGCUCCUUUUGUUGGUGUCAACCAUCACAUGCAAUCAAUUUUAUUUGGUUGUGCUCUAAUCGCAGAUGAAAAAGAAGAAAGUUUUUUAUGGGUAUUCCAAACAUGGUUGAGAUGUAUGCUAGGGAAACAUCCAAAAACCAUAAUUACAGAUCAAGACUUGGCUAUGGGGAAGGCCAUUGCAAAAGUGUUUCCAAAUUCUGGCCAUCGACUUUGCUCGUGGCACAUUGGAAGAAAUUCAAUGAAGUAUUUAGUAGAUUUGAAGAGUAAAGAGGGCUUCAUGAUGGACUACAACAAUUGGUUGCAUCGUAGUGAAUCAAUUGAAGCAUUUGAAAAUAGAUGGGGUGAACUUCAAGCAACAUACAACAUUGAUGAUAAACAUUGGUUGAGUAAGAUGUAUAACAUUCGACACAAAUGGGUGUUUUUAUAUUGGCAAGAUAUAUUUACAGCUGGAAUGACUUCUACACAACGUAGCGAAAGUAUCAACUCAUUUUUUGAUGGCUUUGUUAAUGCACAAACUCCAUUGGAUGAGUUUGUUAUGCAGUAUGAUAAGGCUUUGGUUGCUCGACGAAAUGAUGAAGAAAAUGAAGACUUCAAAACGUUGGACUCGAUAGCUAAUUAUUACACAAGUCAUCCAAUUGAGAAGCAUGCAGGAGAAGUGUAUACAAGAGCUGUGUUUAAUAUCUUUCAAGUAGAAUUGCGAGAAAGUGAUAGUAUGCUUGCCGAACGUAUUCGAGAUGGGUCUGAAAAUGCAAAAUAUAUAAUUUGUAAUCAAACUGUUGUGUUUAGCAAAGAUUGUAGUGAAGAUGGGGAGCCUUCGGCAACAUGCUCUUGUAAGAAGUUUGAGAUAGAAGGUGUGUUGUGUCGCCAUAUAUUGAAAAUAUUUAAAAAAAAAGAGGUUGCAAAGAUUCCCAAAAGAUAUAUUCUACGUCGUUGGACUAUAGAUGCAAGAUAUAGAUCAAGUGUUAUGAUGGUUGAGACAUGCAACAAUGUCUUCACACCCUUGAUGAAGUGGAAUGCACAAAAUAUGUGUUUUCGUAUCGCACAAUCUAUAUCAUCCCUAGAGAUGUAUGAGAAAAUUAUGCCAAAGCUUAAAGACAUUUUUGAAAUUCUUGGUGAAAUGUCUAGUGCCCCAGAACAUAGAUCGUGCACCGGGCAAAAUGAGGAAAAUCAAGAGAUUAUUGGUUCCUCUUCUUGCCUUGCCUUCUCAAGUGAAGAUAAUGUUUGUGGGUCAAACGUUAGUAUUCUUGAUCCAAAACCUAUCAAGACCAAAGGUCGACCAAGAGUGAAUACGAGGAUUGAGUCCGGCAUCGACCUUCAAUUAUCAGCCAAGAGAAAAAGAACUUGUAGUAGAUGUGGAGGAAAGGGUCAUUACAUGACUACUUGCACAUUUAAUCCAUCUUGA